AUUAAAAUGGAUGGUAAUGAAGAUGAAUGGAGAAUAUUAUUUCAUGGUACUUUAAAUUAAUUUGUUGCAAGCCUAUUAAAAAAUGGAUUAAAUAAGGGAUAGUAAAUGCUCAUUUUAAUUGCUAAAUCUAAAAUAAUUCAGAAAAAGUUGUGUAAGGGAAUCUAUUUUUCUGGUAAAAGUCAAGUCUGUUUAAAAUAUGCACGUCCUAUUUAUAUUGGUAAUGAAUCAUUUAAAGUAUUAUUUAUGAGUAGAGUAAAUCCUUAAAAAAUUAAAAUGUGUUGA